CUUUUUUUUUUUUUUUUUUUUUAAUUUUUUUAUUAAUUUUCUCCGGGAGGUGGUGAGAGAAAAAGGAAAACGUGGUGGCGUGUGGUGCAACCGGUCAUUAUCAUCAAUCGAAUAAUACAUAUAUUACAAGGUGGUGAUUGUUUUUGUUGAUGAAUGGAACAAUAACAAUAUUUGAAAAAAAUGGCAACUGAAUUGGUUGAAUUGAUCCUGGAAAAGGUUGACAAGUUUGGUAAAAUAAAUUCAUUAAAUUUGGCAAAUGAAAUUAAAGAAGAUCAUCAAAAAAUAAUUGGAGCAAUAAAAAGUCUUCAAACACUUGAUGAUGUUAUUUAUGUUGAACAAAUUAGUGAAAAAAAAUGGGAACCAACUGCUGAGGGUCAACAUGUCAUUGAGCAUGGAAGUCAUGAGGCAGCAGUAUACAAUGCAAUACCAAAUGAUAAAACUGGUAUAUCUCAAGCUGAUAUUAUGAAAUCUGUAGCAUAUGCUAAAGUUGGUUUUUCAAAGGCUCUUGCUGCUGGUUGGAUUAAAAUUGAUAAAACCAGUGGUCAGCCAAUUGUCACUAAAAAUAAAGCAUCAAUUGAAGAUACAACACAAGCUGAUUUAAAUAAUAUCAAUCAACUUGAUGAUAAAAUCAAGGCUAAUUAUAAAAAACGAAAACUUGUUCAAGAAAUAGUCAUCAAAAGUUUUGACAUCAAAAAAGGAAAUAAUUUUACAUUAAAAAUUGAAAAACAAGAAGCUGAUUUAACAUCUGAUUUAAUGAUAAAUGACGCUUGGAAAGAUAAAAAAUUUAAAGCAUAUAAUUUUAAUGCACUUGGUGCUGCACUUGAUGUUGGACAUUUGCAUCCUUUGCUAAAAGUACGCUCGGAAUUUCGUAAAAUAUUUCUUGAAAUGGGAUUCACUGAGAUGCCAACAAAUAAUUUUGUUGAAAGUUCAUUUUGGAAUUUUGAUGCUCUCUUUCAACCACAACAACAUCCAGCAAGAGAUGCACAUGACACAUUUUUCAUAUCUGAUCCAAAGAUAACUAAAAAGCUACCACAAGAUUAUUUGGAAAAAGUUAAACAAGUACAUAGCAAAGGUGGCUAUGGCUCACAAGGAUAUUGUUAUGAUUGGAAAAUUCAAGAGGCACAAAAAAAUUUGUUAAGAACUCAUACAACAGCUGUCAGUGCACGUAUGCUUUAUAAUUUAAUGCAACAAGGUCAAUUUAAACCAGUCAAAUAUUUUAGUAUUGACAGAGUAUUUAGAAAUGAAACACUUGAUGCAACUCAUCUUGCUGAAUUUCAACAAGUUGAGGGUGUUAUUGCUGAUUAUAAUUUAACACUUGGUGAUUUAAUUGGUACACUUUAUCAAUUUUUUAAAAAACUUGGUAUUGAUAAAUUGGAAUUUAAACCAGCAUAUAAUCCUUACACUGAACCAAGUAUGGAAAUAUUUUGUUAUCAUGAAGGACUUGAAAAAUGGAUUGAAAUUGGUAACAGUGGGGUAUUUAGACCAGAAAUGUUAUUACCAAUGGGAUUACCACCAAAUGUCAAUGUCAUUGCUUGGGGUUUAUCACUUGAAAGACCAACAAUGAUCAAAUAUAAAUUGAAUAAUAUCCGUGAUUUGGUCGGCCCAAAGGUAGAUCUACAAAUGGUCUAUAAUAAUCCAAUAUGUCGUUUGGAAAAAAUGGAAAACUCGACUCAAAUAAAUAAAUUAAUCAAUAAUAAUAACAGCAACAACAAUAGAGGUUUACCAAUAACAUUUAAAUGUCGAGGUAAAAUAAAUAAAGAGCAACUUGUGAUAUUUUGUGAUCCAAAAUAUCCAAUCAAGUGGCUUGGAUCAUUGCUUGAAAAAGCUAAAAAAUUAUUUACAUUAUCAAUGUCAAUUCAUUUACAUUCUACAGUUAAAAAUGUAUCAAAUGAACUUGUUAAUUACUAUGCUCAUAAUAACGAUGAUGAUGAUGAUGAUGAUGAUCCAGUUGUAAAAAUACAUUUUAUUUGGAAAAAUAAUAUUGGUAUUGAUCCAGUAAUGAAUUUAAAUAGUUUUGAUUGUAUUUUUGGAGCAGUUAAUAUUGCAAGAUACUUUAAUCGUCUUAUUGAAUCAGUUGAUCCAUUAGUACUUGUGUAUGAAUCAAUGGGCACAAUUUAUUCAUGUGAAAUUAAUAAAAUCAUUGAUAAAAUUCAUUCAUAUUUACACAGUGGUAAAACAAUCAAGGAAAUAUCUUGUUUGUUUGGUAAAAAAACAAAUGUACCAUUGCUUGAUAGACCAUCAAUUAUUGAUAUUAUUCUUGAAUCAUCAUGAUAAUAAUGUAUAUUAUAAUAAAACAAUUGACUUGAAAAAAAAAAAAAUAAUUAUUUUUAAGACUAUUUUAUGUUCUUAUCUAAUUAGCCUGGGGUUGAUGGUAUAUGAAUUAUUUAUUUCUUUUGGAGUUUUUUUGGAGAAUAUUGGAGUGAAGUUAAUUUUCUUUGGGAGUUAAUAGUUUGAUUAAUAUCAGUUAAUUAAAAUUUAGGAGUGCAGGCAGCC